CUAGAGCUUUAGCUUCUGACAUGUCAGAACUUAUUCAAACAUAUUUACUGGAUACAUAUAUACACAUACGUGUGUGAGCAUAUCAACUGCUCUAGUCUAUCAUUUAUUAUACAAUGUGGUACUGAAACCAUACUUUUUAUUAGGCUUAUUUUCCUGCAGGCCCUCUCUUAUUCAUAUUCCAGUCUCUUAUGCAAUUCAUUGCAUGGUUGGACCCUGGAUUGCUGAAACUGCAAACUGGAGAGCUGCUGAAAACAAUAAUCAAAAUAAUUAAAAAAAUACAAACAAUAAAAAAUGAAACCCAGCUGAAAAUGAUCUCAGAAUAUCACGCUUUACGUCAUACUAAAAGUUACAUUUACAGGGGUCUUGCAUCAUCCAGUCAGAAAGCCAGAGAAGACAGCUGGUUGCGAUCCCUCUUUGUGCGUAAAGUCGAUCCACGAAAGGAUGCUCACUCAAACGUGCUGGCCAAAAAGGAAACCAGUAACCUGUACAAAAUUCAAUUUCAUAAUGUGAAACCAGAGUGCCUGGAAUCUUACAAUAAGCUCUGUGAAGAGGUGCUGCCAAAGAUUCAUGCAGAUGAAGAAUAUCCAUGUACUCUGGUGGGAACCUGGAACACAUGGUAUGGGGAGCAAGAUCAGGCUGUUCACCUGUGGAGGUAUGAAGGUGGAUAUCCAGCCCUGACUGAAGUCAUGAAUAAACUAAGGAAAAAAAAGGAAUUCACAGAGUUCAGAAAGGCUCGAGGCAACAUGCUUCUCUCCCGUAAAAACCAGCUUCUUUUAGAGUUCAGUUUCUGGAAUGAGCCUGUCCCUAGGAAAGGGCCCAAUAUAUAUGAACUAAGAUCCUACCAACUGAGGCCUGGAACCAUGAUUGAAUGGGGAAAUCACUGGGCUCGUGCUAUUCGAUAUCGGCAAGAUGGUGAUGAAGCAAUUGCUGGUUUCUUUUCACAGAUCGGUCACUUAUACAUGGUUCACCAUUUGUGGGCAUAUAAGGACUUGCAGACUAGAGAUGAUAUCAGAAAUUCUGCAUGGCAGAAAGACGGCUGGGAUGAAUGUGUUUACUAUACAGUACCCCUCAUCCAGGAGAUGGAAUCAAGAAUAAUGAUCCCCCUGAAGAACUCACCCCUUCAGUAACCAACACAGUGCAUCCAGUCAAGAAUGUCAGCCUUUCUUUGUAAGAAGACUUAAGUGAAUGAACAGAAUCAUGAUAUCCAGACAAAAGUGUGUUUCAGUAAAUUGUUAGUAAAUAAGUAAAUAAGUCUGAUGUUUAUUAAUGCUAGAGGCUUGGCAAGUUUCCAGACCAUUUUUCUUAUCCCUGUGCUAAAUGGAUCUUUUAAUAAUCCAUUGAUUGAUGUAUUAGUGGGGUCGAUACACUUUACCUGUUAUGGGGAGGAAUGUUAAUUCACUUCUGUUACCAAUGCUAAGGGUUAGGAUUAUGUAAUAAAGGAUAAAAAUAUUGCAUAGCUCUAGUAACCCAAUGCAUAAAUCUGAUUUGUUUUUUUAAACAUUUGACCUCUAAAUGCUGCCUGCUAACUAGUUAAUUUGGUUUACUAGACUAAUAGUAAACGGUGGACCUUUUAUUACAUUACCCUCUAGAGUUUUAAGUGCCAGAGCACCACUAGGAUUUCCUCUUCAGUUACCAUGGGUGAUAUAUAUCAGUUGGUUUCUGUUGUUUAGGAAUUAAAAUGAUCUACAUUUGUAGUCAAAUGCUACAAAAGAAAGAGCUGAUUGCACUUGUGCAAUCGGUAAAGUGCAAGCCACGUCUCAGAUUAUAGCCCAUCUGCUUGUUACUAAUCAAUUCAAAGAAGUAGCCCAUGUAUUUGUGAAUUGUAAAGUUUAUUUUUAAGAUUCUGAACCAUCACAAAAUUCCUUAUUAAUAUCCGUAUCCCUGCAGAUCAAAGGUUGUAAAUCGGCAAAUGAGAAGCAAGUAGAUCACAGAUCAUGAGUGUGAUUAUCUUUCUUUGCGUUUGGUUUAAAUAUAUUUAUUUCUUUAUUGUGGUUUAUGAAUCCUUAAGAAGUUAUUGUUACAAAUUAAUUCUGAUGCCACCCUACAUCUUAACAUUUGCAUUUAUUGAAAAAAUACUGAUAAGCUUUAUAUAUCAAAAACUUGCCGAGUGGGAUUAAGGAUAGUGGCUUUCACAGCAGUGCAUAUAUAUAUUCUAGCUGGUUCAGAACUCCAACUUCUACUCUCUCUAAAACAAUUUCAACAGUUUAAUGUGGUUUGUAAAACUAAUUACAGCUGGAUGCAUUAUCUUGGUUGUAUAUAUUUGCUGCAUUCCUGGUUUUGACUCCUGAAACGAUGUAGCAGAAGCUAAAUGAUGAAAAGACCUGCUGUUUGCUACUUUGUUUCAAGACUUUCAGGACCAGAGAAUACACAAAGGGAUAAACAAAAUUGUUUUCACUUGCAAUUAUUUUUACAAAAUACUGGAAAAACCACUGAACAUUCGUAAUUUAUUUUGGAAAGUUGCUUACAAAUAACAUAUUAUUUGUAUUUCGUUUUUAGUUAAGAUCCCUUAGAUCCCUAAGAGUACGUCCUUGAAGGUGUAGUCCCACAAUAGCUGAAAAAGCCUAAUUUCCUAGUGCAGAAAAACAGCCUGCAAAUUACUUAAACACUAAUAAAUCAAGCAUACUGUAAAAUUCUACAGACCUGUAUUUAGACGUUUUAAUGGUAUUUUUAAUCAGCGAGUUUAAACAGGAAGUAUUUUGGUGACUUAAAUUACAGUUUGCUUGUUUUUUUUCUUGUUUGUUAAGCAGUGAUCUGUCAUAGGUGCCUGUAUUCUCUUGCUGUCUAGCUGUUUCUGAGUGUGAACUCCUAGUGACUCCUAGUGAAUUGUAGUCCAUAAACCACUGAAAACCCACAAGUGGCUGCAUCCAUGUGGCAGGUGUGUAAAACAAUAUUCACCAAAAAUUUAUUAUUUUUGGUGAAGUUGCUGUCCUUAUGCAUGAAUUUAUGUAUGCAAUUAUGCACUGCAAUUUCAAGCUAUGAAAGUGUGAAAUUAAAUUUAUUUUAGACUAAUGCUGCAAUGUACGCCAUAAUUUCACAGAAACAGCAAUAAAUUUUUUUUUUAUACACAACUUUUUUUACACCUCCUAAUUUUAUAAUCCGUUACACAUACAUUUAAAUUCCAUUUAACACUUUUAUAACUGUACCUAAUUUUAGUGUGUUUUGAGUGUACUGUGGUGUUAAUGCUUGGUUUAUUUCAAUACAAUUUUAGUUCAAGAGUCUAAAAUGUUACUGUCCCUAUUAAUGCUGUUACAUACAUUUGAUUUGCUGCUUCUUGGUCUCUUCAAAAUAACUCACUUACUCACUUUCUUCAAAAUCUAAGGCUAAUGGGUGACUUGCUAGUGGUGAUUUAAUGUAAGGAUAAUUUAAUAAUUUGAAAAAUAAGAGACACAUUUAGAAAAUCCAGGUAGAAAGGUAUCUGUGAUCAUUUAAAUGAAAUAAAUGCUGCCCAGCCACUUGUAUUUUUUUUUUUUAAGACAUGUCCCUGGUUUUGAAGAGAUUUGUAACCUCAAUUUAAUGUGAUCAAGUAAAUGUCUGUAGGUUAAAGGGGAUCUUUUUCAAAAAGCAUAUAUAGGUUCCCAUCACUAAAUAAAACAAUUUUGUAAUGUAUGUCUGUUUAAAAUGUUGUACCUGUUUUGAGGUACAUGAGAUUUUUUUCUGCAGCUUUCUCUUCUCAGUCGUUUACGAUCUCCUUUGAAGUUUAGUGGCCACUGGCCGUCUUACUCCCUGAUGCUCUGAGGAUGCAGACAUUUCUACAACAAACAUGUAUAUAUGUAAGGGUUAAACCACCCUUGAGUCUUAUCUAGCAGUUAAGCAUCAAUCACUAGCUAGCAGGAUGGCCAGCGGCUGCUGAACUUUGAAGGUUAUAACAAGACGGAGAAGAGAAACCCGCAGAAACAUGCACUUGUAUCUUAAUGUAGGUACAAAAUGUUCUACAGACAUACAUUACAAAAUAAUUUUCUUUAGUGAUUGGAGCCUAUAUAUGCAUUUUAAAAAAUUACUUUAGAUCCCGUUUAAGGUUACCAGAUCACUUGAAAAAUCAGGGACACAUGUAGUAAGUGCAAUAGUCUGAGCUGUCAUGUUAACAGACAUUGAAAGAAAGUUACUCCAGCACACGUAACUGCACAAGGGAUUAACCUGUGUUUAAUGUCAAGCCAAAAGGCUUGGAAGGGGUUUGUUAUUUACCCUUGUAGUAGUCACCGAUUCUUCACAUAUAAACCCUUCAUAUGGACACAUCUAGCCUUCAAGUGUUCUGAAAGCUCAAGCCAAAAUGUUCUAGCCAGCUUCUGUGUGGUGGCUUUCGUGCACUGGGUAAUUUAGUCAGUCAGUAUGGUGGUAGCAACAGAAUGGGUUACAUUUAUCCUCACUGGUGCUUUGAUACUUAAAUAACUAGUAUAACCAGAGUCAGUGUUUCAUAUCUAAAGCAGAGUUGUUUGAAAUAAUUUAAAUCCUGUGUUCUAUAUAGACUUAUACCAGAUAAGCUUGGUAGACAUCAUAAUGAUUGAUUCAAAGAUAAGACAAAGUCAACUCUUUCACACUCCUACUUUACCAGUAAAGCGGUGUUUGGGUCGUUUAAACCAUUUGCACUUUAGCUUCUACUGGAAAUAGGGGAAAUACUGUAUGCUAUUACAAUGUUGAAGGUUAAAAAUAAUAAGGUCAUAUCUAUUUUCAUGCCCAAAUGUAAAAAGGAAAAAAGCUAAUGUUUCUAUGCUGUUACAAAAUGAAAGGUCAUCUUGUGAUAAAAAUGUUGUCCUCUGUGAAACAAUAUUAAUAAAACAUUUUAUUUGAA